AUCUUUACUAACCAUAAUUGUUCUUGUGUAUGACUGCUGGGUAUGGUUUCUUGCCAUUUUCUUUUUCUUUUGCCGGGAAAGUUGGAUACGGAUGUGGUGGCUUUACUCAAGAGGAUCCAGAAAUUCUCCAUUUGCAACCCAAUUCUACACGGCCCAACGGCCGCCCAGCUGUUGUGCGACGCGGAUCCACGUCCCGCGCCCUAGGGUUUGCGAGGGGCAGAGGGGCGCCGCGCUCCCUCAUCUCCCUGCUCGUCAUCUUCUUCCUCGGUGGUGGACAGACCACCAGGCAAAUGGGUGGCGAUCCCCGCGCCGCCGUGCUCGCCUUCUUCUCCGACGAUUGGCCCUUUCGCAACCUUCGUGUCUCCGGCGACAAGCAGACCACCCGACGACUAGGAGCCACGCCGGGUUUCAGCAACGUCCUAGCGUCGAUCGACACCACCACUGAGGCCACCUUCAUCAGCCGCGACUUAGGUAGCGUCUCGCUCUCCGCCGAGGUCUUCUCCUUUCUCGGGGUCCAGACCAUCACCACUCUCCUGAUCGAUGGCGUCGCCCCGUUCUCAUUCUCCGAUGUCGAUGGUCUUUUCAAGCGACGAAGAGACAACUCGACUUCGCCACCCUCGUCCUUGGAUCCGCCUUGCCGAGUCCGCCUCCCGUCGACUUCCUCUUUUCUCUUUCCAACGGUGUCGCCGCGAACGGCUCUGACGGCGAGUCUUCCACCAUCUCUUCUUCCAACGACGAGACAACCACCGGAAGGCUUCAAGAUGACUCCAGACCUCCUCGUCGCUGUGGCCACUUGUCACGAGACUUCUUGGUCUUCGAUCCUGACCGCGACGGGGUAAUGACGCCGAUGAGGUGGUGGUGGUGGUUGACACGCUAGUUCACAGUUUCUAUUUCUUCCGAAAUCGCCAAUUCGUGACGCAGACCGGUGUUGACCUCCUCUCCGCCCUUCUCGCCUUGGCAUUGACGGAUACGACUUCUGACUUACAUGGACUUGCAAGCUGUCACGUAUAGCUUGAAGUUUUGCCUCCAACUGCUGCUGGUAGGCCUCUUGUUUUUCAUUGAAAGCAUCAAUCCUCUGCUACAUCUUUCUGAAAAGGUAAUAGAACUCGUCCCCGGUUGAGAGUUGUGAUGAACCCAGAUUCAUAAUCGGAGCUCUAAUACCCAAUUGUUAGAAACAUAGUUUCUAACGGGUUUGCGGAUUGAAUCGACCUUUGGGAUUUUAGGGACUAUAGAAGAGAAUUGGGGAUUUAGGAAUUAGAAGAUAGAAAGAGGGAUUGACUUUGGGAAUUUGGGGAAGAAGAAGAAUAAAAAGAUAGAAUCGGCCAAAGCUUUAGAGGGAUUGAGAUCGAGAAAUUAGAGGAUAGAAGAUUAGGGUUUUAGGAGAUACUUUUUGAAUAAUUGUUGUUGCUUGAUUCAUAAUGAACGCAGAUUACAUAUUUAUAGGAAAUACAGGUAAACAUUAACAAAUAACCUAAUUGGACUAAAUCUCUACUAACCAUAAUAAUAAUAAUAAUAAUUAUCGUACUAAAAAUAAUAAAAGAAACCCACAAGAACUGAGUUUCUAAUAGCACACCUGACCUGAAGUUGAAUCAAAUAGGGCAUAGAAAAACGCACACCCAAGUCACUUGUUAAACAUGGUCUUGCAAAGUCUCCAAGUUGCAACAAGGACAUCCAAAAUCUAGUCGACCCAGACUGUCCCCUCCAACCAUGCCCAAGCAAAGCCACUGGACAAAUACUGACAUCUCCCUUGCGUGCAAAAACAAUAGCAGCACCAACCAUAUCCAAGCAAAGCCACCCAGCCAACACCGAGCAUCUCCCCUGUGUGCAAGUUUCCUCGUAAAUGAGUAGCAAAAGAACCAAUGGUCCUUUGUCCCACUACCGGUUGAGCAGAAAUACCAAGAAGCAUACGCAUGACUGUCCCAACUAAGCAGCUUAGGGUCGUAAUUCUGUCAAAACUCAUUAGUAACCAGCCAUGUAAGCAAAUGGUUGAUGCAUUAAAGCAUCCUUAGCCCACGUGACUGAUUAUUAUUAUUAGUAAUAUUAGGUGUUUAUUAGUUAUUGGAAUAUUUGGUUAAUUUUGAUAUUCUUAUUGGUUUAUGUUUAGGAUUAGUACUAGUAAUUGUGUCUUGUCUAGUAAAUUAUUAUUUACCUUAUUGUUUUGGGAUUGAGUUACUUUGUCUAGAGAGGAAAGGAUUUGUGGGAUUAGUGUUAUAAAUAUGUACAUUACCUUUACUAUUUUUGAUUCAGGCUCAAUUGUACACUUUUUACCCCCCUCCCCCCCCCCCCCCCCCCCCCCCCCCCCCCCCCCCCGGUUUUCUUAAUUGUUUGAGGCAUUUUUACUCCGGGAGGUUUGGUUUUACGCUGGGUUUUGUCUCAAUUUUGUGUAUUUCAGUUUAUAGCAGGUGGAACCAACCUCGGAGUCAAAAGUUGGACGAAAAGGCGAAAAAUCGGGUCAAAGGAUGGAGGCAGUCGUAGAUCACGGUGGAAGCCAGUAGUUCAUGGUCAUGGCGAUCGUGAACAUGAAGGCGUCCAGGGACAUUUUUGCUUUCACUGGACUCAAGCCAGUUCACGGUCGUAACUGUGAACCCCAGCCGCAGACAGUGUACUAGAUUAUUGAGACGACACGUUUUGGCCUGAGAACACGCUCCACGCCUUGAGUUCAUGGUCGUGAACUGGGACCGUAAUGUGAGCUCGACCUGGUUAUAAAAGGGGGUUUGAGCAGAAGGAGAAAAGGGGGGAGACAUAGUGUGAGAAACUUCUUCUUCUUCUUCUUCUUCUUCUUCUUCUUCUUCAGAUUUCUAGAGUGAGAAAGUGACGAACCAAAGAAGAGAAGAAGCUAGAGUUUCAUCUUCAAGCAAGGAUUUGGGAAUUCCUUUCCCAAAGGAGGAUCUCUUCAGCACAAAGAGCAAGUCUAGCAUCUCCAAGGUGGUUUUCCUUCUUCUCUCUUGUGUUUUCCCUUCUCCUAGCAUGUAGUAGUCUCUUAUUUCACUUGAGUGUUUGUGAACCCUAGCUACAAUUAUGUGAAUGUUUGUAUUGAUGAAUGAUUUGUGUGUGGAUAUGUUUUAAUGUGAAUUUGGAGGUAUUUUCAUGAAAGAUUAUGUUGUGUGUUUCCCUAUCAAUAUAUUUGCCAUUCUAAC